UACGGUGUGUAAUUUGACAGUCGUUUUUAUCCAAAAUAAUCGUCGGUAAUAUGCAUUCCCAAUUAGCCAAUUAUGCUAAUAGUGUACCAAUCGACCUCGAGGAAGAAAUAUUGCUUGUUUAUCUUGUUUAGUAUUCGCGAAGCACUCCUUGUUGCUGGUUGAGUUUACUAAAAAAAUGUUCGUUGAAUUGGGUUUAUUCUUCGCCUUCGCACUACUUCUAACAAUAUACGUAAGGUGGAAGUACGCGUAUUGGAAGAAAAAGAACGUUCCAUACACAGUACCCCAAUUCCCAUUCGGAAAUGCAGAAAAUCCCUUUACUCGCAAAUAUUAUUUUGGUGAAUGGUUACAGAAGUUUUAUCAAUCAUUUAAAAAACGUGGUGAGAAACACGCCGGUAUUUACAUUAUUACCAGCCCUAAUUACGUGCCGAUCGAUCCGGAAAUUAUAAAAAAUAUCAUGCAAAGAGACUUUGCCCAUUUCGUAGACCGAGGAUUUUACUACAACGAAAAAGACGAACCCUUAAGUGCGCACUUGUUUGCCAUCGGCGGUCAAAAAUGGCGGAAUUUGCGUACAAAACUUACUCCAACCUUCACUUCGGGAAAAAUGAAAAUGAUGUUUGACACUUUAGUGGAAUGUACUCGCCCGUUGGAGGAAAUUAUGAACGAUUUUUGUGCAAGUACACUACCCGUUGACAUAAAAGACCUGUUGGCGCGUUUCACAACGGAUGUUAUAGGUUCUUGUGCCUUCGGGUUGGAGUGUAACAGUUUUAAAAGUGACAAUGCCGAGUUUCGUUAUCACGGUCGCAAAAUAUUUGAGCCAAAGAAUAAAAUUGAUACGUUAAAAAUUUUGUUUUCGGCGGCCAGACCGGAAUGGGCCAGAAAAUUGGGAGUGGUUCUCCUCCCCAAGGAUUCUACUUCAUUUUUCUUCGACGUUGUGAAGAGUACAGUUAACUACAGACGCACGAAUAAUAUUCACCGCAAAGACAUGCUGCAAAUUGUAAUGGAUCUUGAACAUCCCGAAAAACCCAGCGAAAGCUCAUUGUCACUCGAAGAAAUCGCGGCGCAGGCCUUUGUAUUUUUUUUGGCUGGCUUCGAAACUUCCUCGACCACUAUGACCUUUUGCCUUUACGAACUGGCGGCGAAUUUGGAUUUACAACAAAAAGUGCGAGACGAAAUUAAUCAAGUUUUAAAAAGUCACAACGGAAAAAUCACUUACGACGCAAUCAUGGAAAUGAAAUACAUGAACCAAGUGAUCGAUGAAACGUUGAGAAAGUAUCCCCCCGUUGCCUUCCUAACAAGGCAGUGUGUCAAAGACUACGUGGUCCCAGACCAGGAUGUUCAAAUUGAGAAGGGAACCAUGGUACUAAUAUCAGUUUUGGGUUUACACAGAGAUCCGGAAUAUUUCAAGGAUCCAGAAAAAUUCGACCCAGAAAGGUUCUCCGACGAAAACAAACACGGCAUUGCGCCGUUUACGUACAUUCCAUUCGGAGAAGGUCCCCGCCUUUGCAUUGGUAUGCGAUUUGGUAUGAUGCAAACGAAAGUUGGAUUGGCGUGCUUGCUAAGGAACUAUUCGUUCUCGGUCAGUUCCAGGACACAAACACCGUUCAAGUGGGACAAAUUCAGCUUCAUUCUAACCACAGAGCAGCCCAUAUGGUUAGAUGUUAGAAAAAUUACAUAGUGAAAAUAAAGAAAUCGGAAUUAAAAAUUA